AUUUUUUUAAAAUUAUUUUCAGGUACAUUUAUCUUUUCUAAUAGUUGGGCACACCCAUGAGGAUGUGGAUGCAGCUUUUAGUAAAGUGGCCGAUAAAUUGCGAAAAACAGAUGUUGAGACAGUUCAGAAAUUUAUAGAUCUAGUUGAUGGAAAGAUGUUGGACAACAUGUAUGAUGUAAAAAGCUGGCUCUCUCCCGAAAUAAAAUCGUUAACUGGUGUAAGUGGGCCCUUGCACUAUAAAUUUUGCAAAGCAGCAACAAAGACAGAUGGUUUUUAUAAAGGUGCCCAAAGUAAUUCAUGGAUUCCAAUGGAAUAUACUAUACUUAAAACCAUUCCAAAAAAUAAGCCCAAAACUUUAGCCCCAGAUUAUUCCAACAUAGACAAAGAGAGACAAUUGAAACAAAUUGAAAAUAUUAAACAUAUGUUUGAAAAUCAUGAAACAUGGAGUAUUUGGAGAACAUUUUAUGACAAUAUAAACAACAAGCCCAAUACAGAAAAAACGAAAUGGAUUUUGGAGGAACUUCCCAGACAAACAUAUAUUGAAGCCACAAACAGCAUAACGAUUUCAGAGGAGGUAGAUAAACAGAUUAACAAAGAAACAGUUGAGCCAAAGAUAACCAUAAAGAAACCUAGGCAACAGACACAAUCAAGAAUAAUGUCAAAUGAAAAAGAAAGUCUUUGCCGAAGAAAACCAAUCAGAAAACCAGAAACAAAAGCGGAAAAACAGAUCAAGGACGGAAAAAGGCCCAUAAUAAGGACUGUCAAAGACUUGUGA